AUGGAGUACUUGAGCUUUUUCAAGGGGCGUGUUAAGUUUCUUGCAGCUUGCAUCUUAGCAUCCAGAGUGCUCUGCCAAACCCAGCCCCAAAAAGGCUUCCCCAGACCCCCUGGAGAGCAGGAUCCCCUCAACCGGACUUUGGGUGAGAACGGAACAGAACCAGAGAGUCUAUGUGUUAGUCAUCAACUACCCCUAGGGGAGAGUGGUGCCAGGAGGCCACACCGCAACGUGCACUGCCUUCUGCAUGCGGCGCCUUCGCCCUGGAGAAGCAAUCGACUGGCCCGGGUGACUCAAGGACUGUACAGAGAUGUGUUCUGCAAACGUUCUCCAAGGGCUCUGGGGAUAGGUUGGGUCUCGCUCCCAAAUCGGCUGGCACCAGGCAGGUCUGCCCCUUACUCCCGCAGUCACCCCACCCGGGGUGGGAGUGGUCAAGGAAGCCGCAAAUCGGAGCGCAGUUUCCGCACACACGCACGCCUCCUCCCCGCGCCCUCAUCAGGAGCGCACCCCCUGACUUUAGGUCCAUGCCCCGGCCGCGAGCGCGUGCUAGCAAGGCCUUCCGCCACACAUACACACACGCCGCGACCAGAGGCGACCAGAGCAGCGGCCGGCUUCCUGCCAGGUGCAGUCCUGGGACCUGAAGUCCACGCGCCGGAACUGGGACCAGAAGCCGGAGGACCCCAGCGCAGAAGACGCGGAGGCACACAGCUUCAUCGACCGCGCUUCCAGAUAGCGUCUCAGCCCAGAAUCCGUAACGAAGACACCAGCGACCUCAGCUUGGGCUUCCUGUUCCAUGAGCUCGAGGAAGGCGACGAUGAGAAGACUGUAGGGACCUCGGAGACUGAAGCGGGAGGAGAAGAUGAGAAGAAAAUAUGGUCCGAACCCGAGCAGGGAGCAGGAGCAGAAGAAUGUCACCGCUGCGCGGGAGCUGCUGAACCCAUGAUUGACGAGAACCAGAAGGGAGGCGGUGGCGACCCGGAGCCCAGGCACCAGCAGCCUGAGGACUCGGUCCAGGACUCCUCCUCCUCAGAGCCGCAGCCCCAAGAUCAGCAGCAGCAUCUCUUCUCCCCCACUUUCAGCGGGUUGCACCUGAAGGGGCUGCACAGCAUUUUCCAACGCUCUCAAUAUUCCAACGAGUUCGCUCGAAAGGAGCUUGCAAUAUGCAUGGAUGAGAGUGAAGCUGAAGUGGAAACUAGUACACCCGAUGAAAGCAAUUGAUCAGAGUAGCCACUCUGAAACCUGCUUAAGUCCUUGGAUACCUUGGAUCCCUUUGUCCUACAUGUUCUCAAGUUGGCCUGUUUUUUUGCCUUUUCUAUGUUUGCAAAGCGAGUUUUGAACUUUAUGGGGUGAAAAAUGGGAUAAGGAAACCCCAGCUUACGGAAAUUUCCCAUUACCAGAGAGAAUGUGAUUUCUAAUGGAAAAACAAAACCAAAUAUACCAAACUGCUAUUUCUAUUUCCUGUACAAAAUUUAGUAUAGAUAAAUUUCAAUUCCUUCUAACAAUAGUAUCCUUUAGAGAAUACUAUUGUGUGGAGUUAUACUGGGACAUAGUCUGAUUUAGAAGUAUACAAAUUAAUGCACCAAGGAGCUAGGAUGUGAGAAGGUUCAACUGUGUUUAAAGCAUUUAAACCAGGCUAAGUUCUUAGCUCAAUGAGUGAAUUUAUAAAUAUUCAGGCAUUGGGGUAAGGGACUAAGUCACACACGCAGAGAACACACUAUAUGAGUAAUUAAUGUAUGUUUAGUUUCACUGAGACUGAUGGGGAGGAGAUAGCUUAGAAGUCCAAGUGCCUGGUGGUCCUGCUGUUGUUUUUAAGUGCCUGAUGAAGCCAUUUAGAAAGUGGCAGCCCUCAAUUUUAAUUUUCUGGAAUACUUCCCUGAAAACACUGCUAAUAUACUCACAUUACAGUGGCUGUGAGGGGCGGGGAACGGGUUUGCAAGCUGGAGAUUUGUCUAAAAAUGGGAAUAAACAACAAUUUUGAAUAAGCUUCCACUCACCUAAGAAGGGUGAAAAGGUUAAAGAGAGUUGCACACACUCAAGUAUGUACCUUGAAGAUAUGGCACAAAUUGAACUUUAUGAGUGAAUAUUGUCUUGAAUUUCUAACAACUGAGGAAUUUUUUGGUGGGACUGCCUAAAGAGGUGGGCUUUAUGAAAUAUGUUUGGUGGGGUAGGGCAUGCUCAAUUUAGACAAGACUCUUACCUGUGCUAAUUUGAAAUACUUUUUCAUUUUCCCAGGCAGUUGAUGAUUAAUUUGUGGGUCAUGGGUUCAACAGAUUACUAAGAUUACAUAAGUUUUAGUAAGAGUGUUUUUUCAAAACAAAAUCAAAACCCGGGAUGAGGUUAUGAGACUCACUCUGCAGUUUGUGUGAGUGCAAUGAUGGAAAGGAGCUGCAGAACUGGUGUGGGUGACUUUUAGUGAAUUUAGACCUAGUUUGGCCAAAUUUUGCUCAACUCUGCAGGCUAAAAUAGCAGGGCAAUAUCCACAGCCUCAGGACUUUUGUCCCAGCUAGAUAAGCCACAAACUCUCUGGGGCCCCACAACCAAGCCUUUUUAUUUUUUCAGACCACCUUUUUCACUCUCAGGAGUUUUCAGAGGAUGAAUGGCCUUAGACAUCUUUGAGGAAACCUGACUAAAAAUCUAACCUGCUCCUAUUGAUUUAGUUACUUCAGAUUGAAGAUGGGCUUUUCAAAGCGGGGGAUGUUCGCCUUCGUAUAACUCUAAAUGAGGCCCACUUUAUACCUUGCUCAACUAUCCCCACAACCAGGAUGCCAUGAUCCCUAAUGAAGGGGUAGCAAAGGCAGCUGGACACCCUGAUGGUCCACUGUCAGGAUACUGACACUUCUUCAUCCUGUUACCAAGCAUGGCAUUAACAGCAGAUACUGACUGCAAUGUGUCCAUGAGACUCACAUCCAGGAGGUUGGAAAAAACCAUUAAAGAAUAUUAACAAUGGGAGGAGAGAGACAAAGCCAUAUGCAUAGCCCAAAACAGAACUUAAGGGAAGGCGGUACAGGAUUAACUUUCUUAAAAUAUUUUUCCAAUAAAGAAAUAGCUUCUCCCAUUGGAGUUUAAAAUGUCAAAGGCAUAGAGUUACCUUGUUGUGGGUUUAUUUUUUCUUAUGAUAUUAAUUGUUCGAUAUAUUAAACCGAUCCCUUUAUAAGACCUCCGAUUAAAGGUUUGCUUUAAAAAUAGGAAGGUCAAGUAAAGGAGAUGUCAGGGGGCACUAAUUAAUGUUCAGAAAUAACAUGACAGUGGCCCUGUCACCCUGGGCCACUGCGUAGGCAUAAUCUUGGAUGGGCCCUAUCAUGUCAUCCGUGUUCCAGAGCCCUAUUGGAGAUGGGCUCUUCUGGAGCCACCACUGCCCAGGUUGCCUACACCACCCAUGCCUCCUCUGCUCUUGCCUUCCUUUGGCCUGGGCCCAGUUGGCCUAGAAUGAGCCCAUGUCAUCAGCUGUCAUUUUGUAGUCUCCCUUCUCUAAGGUACUGUCUUCAUGACAGUUUCAAAACUGUUUUUCUGGCAGAUUCUAAUUGUGCAGGGCAUAAUAUGAAGAGCAGUUCACCAAAUGCCUGUUACAUAAAUUGAAUAAACAAAGUCAGUGCCCCA